AUGUCUGGGUACUCGUAUGAGAUCGCGCACUGGUCUGCGUCCGAGGCUGUCAAGAAGGACUUUGGUCUCACGAAGGAUGUUGUGAAGACUAUGAAGGAGAAGACAUCUCUUCCUGUAUUCGGAGGAGUCAGCGUCGAGACGUCCGAGCUGUUCUUCAUGCUCACCUGGGACAAAACCGAGACGCACAAAGCCUUCAUCGACUCGCCUGACUACGUCCCCUUCAAAGCGCUCUUCCCGCCCCUCAUGCCCGACGGCGGCGCGACCGUCGAGAUGACGCACACCCACUUCGACCGCGACCCCCUGCCCAUCUGGAACGCCAAGGUCACCGAACACGCGUGGUUGACGCCCGAGGAGGGUAAGAGGGAUGCGCUUGUGGAGACCUUGGGGCGUAUGGCGGCGGAGCUGGAGGGGCUGCCGGAGUAUUCUGUUGGUAUGGCUAUUGGGGCCAUCGAGGAGAAGCCUGAACAGGUGUUGGCGGUUAUUGGGUGGCAUAGCGUUGAGGACCAUAAGAAGGCAGUCGGUCCCGAUGGGCCGUGCCGCAAGUACCUCGUUGAGCUGGGACCAAACGUGACGGGCCCGCCCGACGUUGUCCAUGUCCCCUACGCGCGCCAGUGA